CGGUAAACCAACAGAAACUAGAAAGUGUGUUCCUCGAAACUUUAAGUGCGAAAGACUGUGUUUCCUACAGUUUUAGUGGAUUCAACCGUAGUUUCAUUUUACAAGUAGAACCACGUGAAUAUAUACUUUCGCCAUCUUUUCAUGUGAUGACUGUAAAAGAAAGUGUUACGAACUCUACGCUCCAAGUGAGCGACUCUUCUCAUCUAAGAAAUUGUAUCUAUACAGGGCGAUUAAAAAAUGAUUUAAAUUCUUCAGUGUCCCUGAAUGUAUGCAACGGUGUGAUGGGUUUCAUUCAUGCUUGUCAUGGGGACUACAGGCUAGAACCUUCUCCUCAGGCCAACAUGUCACAUACGCAUCUCUUAUUCAAAAUGAACGGCGGCGAUGAAUCAUCCUGUUCUCGAGCUGGCUCCAGGAGUAGGCGUUUGAAACGUUCCGUUUCCAAAGAAUGGAAUCUAGAAGUAAUGGUAGUGGCAGACAGUAAGAUGAAAAGCUACCACGGAGAUAAUUUAGAAAUGUAUAUUCUUACUCUUAUGUCUGCGGUUGCUCUCAUUUACAAAGAUCCAAGUAUUGGCAACGACAUCAAUAUAUCCAUUGUGAGACUCAUUGUGAUGUCAGAGAAUGAGGAUACGGGUAUCAUUUUUCCUAGUGCUUCGAAAACUUUGAGAAACUUUUGCAGAUGGCAACAAGAACAUAAUGAUCCAGAAGGAUUUCAUCAUGACACAGCCAUAUUAUUAACAAGAGAAGACUUAUGUCGACAUUCGAAGACCUGUGAUACUCUUGGCCUUGCGCAGUCCGGAAUGGCAUGUGACAGGGAAAGCAGUUGCGCGGUUGUUGAAGAUAAUGGCCUCAGUGCAGCAUUUACUAUCGCUCAUGAAAUUGGUCAUGUCUUAGGCAUACCUCAUGAUGAUGACAAGAAGUGCAGCCGAUUCCAUAAACAGGGACAUAGGCUUCAUGUCAUGGCACGGAUGCUGGAUUACAACAGUUAUCCUUGGACCUGGUCAGAAUGCAGUCGCCAUUUCAUCACCACAUUUUUAGACGCUGGUUACGGACAAUGUUUACUAGAUAAAUCCAGGAAAGAUCUAUUGAAAAGUUUUGAACAUGUUGGCACGCCGCCUGGGGAGCUGUAUGACAUGGAUUAUCAGUGUGAACUUGUGUUUGGCCAAGGUUCCAGAAUAUGUCCUUACAUGCCUGUCUGUAAAAGACUGUGGUGCACUAUGGAAGAUAUAUCUCAAGGAGGCUGCAGAACCCAACAUAUGCCUUGGGCGGAUGGAACUAGAUGUGGACUAGACAAGUCUUGCUUGCAUGGUGAAUGUGUUCAAGAGCCUGCAUACUUUUCUCCUCCUCAACAUGGCCAGUGGGGAGAAUGGCAGAGUUAUGGACCCUGUUCAAGAUCCUGUGGUGGUGGGAUAGCACGUUCCAUUCGUGAAUGCGACAGUCCUAGACCCCAAAAUGGAGGCCGUUAUUGUGUUGGUGAUCGUAUUCGAUACAAGUCAUGUCAAACUCAGGACUGUCCUAUAGGCUCUAAAGAUUUUCGCGGAGAACAGUGCUCUGCUUUCAAUGGGAAAACUUUCGGCUUCCAAGGAAUUAAUGAAAGUGUGAUAUGGGUUCCACAUUACAGCCUAACCAAUAUCAAGGAUAGAUGCAAAUUAUAUUGCCUAGCUAAUGCUACUGCAGCGUAUUUCCUUCUAAAAGAGAAAGUAAUUGAUGGAACCACUUGUGGAGCAGACACUUUUGAUAUAUGCAUCAAUGGAAAAUGUAUGCCAGCUGGCUGUGAUCAUGUAUUGUACUCCGAGGCAAGGCCUGACUCCUGUGGGGUAUGUGGAGGAAAUGACACUACUUGCAGGAUCAUUCGAGGAGAAUUCACAAAAAUAAAAUACGGCUAUAAUGAUGUCGUAACCAUUCCUGCUGGUGCUAGCAACAUCGAAAUACUUCAGUACGGCCAUAAAAAUACAAAAGAUGAUAAUUAUUUAGCUCUUUUAGGCUCGAAUCAUGAAUACCUCCUCAAUGGAAAAUACAUGAUCUCAAUGUUCCCCAAAUCUGUUCUAUAUGGGGACUCAAUUCUGGAUUACACGGGUUCAGAUAUUGUUGUGGAAAGAAUUAAUGCAACAAAGCGUUUACAGAAAGAUCUUUUUGUCCAGGUACUCACAGUUGGCAACUUGCAUCCGCCAUCAGUAACUUACCAGUACACAAUCUCUACACACGAUCAAGUACAUUAUCGCUGGCGGCUAGAAGAUACAUGGUCGCCAUGUAAUAGCGUCUGCCAAGGAGAGCAAUACAGGAAAGCCAUAUGUGUGAAUAAAGUGACAGAUGAGAAGGUCCAUGACGGUUUCUGUCACGAGCAAGAACGACCACAACACGAAGCAAAAGUUUGUAAUCCUACAUGUCUUCUGAGGUGGCAUGUGAACCAAAGUAACAUUCAAUGUUCUUCUGAGUGCGGCAGAGGAUUUCUUAUACACGAUGUCACAUGCAUUCAGCAGAUGAAUUCAGGUGAGACGCACACAAUCCCUGACCAUUUUUGCGCUCAUAUGGAGCCGAUAGUAUCUAAUUCAGAAGAAUGCAUGGGCCCAUGCAUCACAAAAGGCUGGAAAUAUGGUGAAUGGUCGCAGUGUUCCGUGAGCUGUGGUGGAGGAAUUCGGCACCGAAAGGCUCUCUGCUUUGGAGAUGAAACUGUUGUACUACCCGAAUCAGCAUGUGAUGACAGUAACAAAGUCACCGAAGAAGUAUGCUCAACUGAUGAAUGUCCCCAUUGGAAAGAAGAUAAAUGGAGUGAAUGUUCAGCAACAUGUGGAUAUGGCGAACAUCAAAGACUGUUUGUUUGUCAGCAUAUGGGUAAAGUCGUAUCCAGAUCUCUUUGUAAUGAAUCCCUAAUAGCGUCUGUUACAGAGCCUUGUAACUUGCCACCAUGCCUCGAAUGGAAAACUGGUGAAUGGCAGCCGUGUUCUGUAACUUGUGGAGUUGGAACGACUAAGCGAAACGUUCAUUGCACUCGAAAUGGCCGGGAAGUAUCUCCUGAAGAAUGCAGUUUCAUUCCAGAACCUAACCAUAGUACUCAUUGUGAAUUAGCAAGGUGUGGGAUCAAGACAGACCCCUAUUCUAAAGAAUAUCCGAAUUCAGUUCCUCCUUUGCUACCGACACCUCAUGACGAUUUCUUGACUACUGUUCAUUCAGGAUUACCAACAUGGAAAACUAGCAACUGGUCAUCGUGCUCAGUGAGUUGCGGUCAAGGCAACAUGUACCGCCAGGUUUUCUGCCAGAAUUCCGUGAAUGACCAUAUGCUACCAGACAAAAGAUGCAACCGUCAUCGUCGGCCAGCUCAUGUGAGGACGUGCCAGCUGCCAGCCUGCGGUCAUUGGAAUGUUGCCAAAUGGAGUGAAUGUUCUGCUACUUGUGGUCAUGGAAUUCAAAGUAGACUCGUUGAAUGCCUUUCAUCAGACGGACGGAAAAGUGCUGAGGAAUUAUGUGAUUUGAAUUCUCGACCAAAAAUGACAAGGAUAUGCAAAGUCGUUGAUUGUGAAAUUCAGUUACCCAUGCAACCGGAUAUUUAUAACAGCGUUGAUUCAGCUUUUUAUUGGAGAACUGGUUUGUGGGGCAAGUGUUCUAAAUCUUGUGGUGGAGGCAUUCGACGUAGGCAGGUAGCUUGUUAUGAUGAUGAGGGACAACUGAGCACAAUUUGCGACCCUGCCAGGAAACCUCAAGAUGUUUCGUCGUGUAACUUAGAGAAAUGUCCAGAAUGGAACAUCAGUGCAUGGAGCGAGUGCUUAUGUGGUAAAUUUAUUCAAACAAGGACUGUUCAAUGCAUUAAUAACAAAGGGAAUGAAAUUUCAAAGGAGCGGUGCGAGUCACCUACCCCCGAAACAGAAAGACGUUGCAAAAAUCCUCUUUGCCCUCAGUGGACCUGGUCUCCCUGGUCACAGUGCACUUCGACCUGCAGUCGUGGAACUCAAACACGUUUUGCCAGAUGUCGGCGGUCUCGAAAAAUUGUGCCAGAUUCGGAAUGCGAUUUAUUACCAAACCCAGGGCAACAAAUAAAAAUAUGCCGAAGUAGGAGCUGCAGUUACCACUGGAGAAAGCGGAAAUGGUCUAAGUGCUCAGCUGUAUGUGGCAGAGGAUAUAAAUUCAGAGAAGUAUCGUGUGUGAGUGGGAACAAUAUGACUGUUGCAGAUUCCUUUUGCAGUCACAAAAGGAAACCCAGAAUUAAAAGAAAGUGCCAUCAGUAUCACUGCACUAUGACGUGGAUGACAGGCCAUUGGUCUGAGUGCUCCAAAACUUGUGGUAAAGGAGUCCAAACCAGAAAUGUGACAUGUCACAGAGUUAAUGCAUAUAAAUGGAUAAAUCCAGAGCCAGUGCCAUUUAAAUCCAACGAGCAGUGGUGUAAUAUGGAUGACAAACCAUCGACUAUGAGAAGGUGCAGUUAUGGAAAUUGUACUCUGAACGUCUGGAAACCUGGGCCAUGGUUGCCAUGUUCUGCCGAAUGUGGAACUGGUAGACAAAAGAGGAGACUACGUUGUUACAACUCCAAUGGUAAACGUCUUCCUAAUUCCAAAUGUGAGCAAAAUCUGACGCCGCAGCGGAGACGUCGUUGUCACCAACGAUCUUGUUCUGCUCUUAGUUGCUCUGAUUUCCAGAAAAGAGCAAAUAUUACUAAAGAUGGAGAACAAGAAAUAUUUGUGAGAGGACGCUAUGUCAAAAUUUUUUGUGCUAGAAUGAAUACAAGUCAUCCACAAGAAUAUAUUACUCUCAUAACAGGAGAACAAGAUAAUUACUCUGAAGUAUAUAAUAAGAGAUUGAAAAGUCCCGAUUCGUGUCCGUACAGAGGUGCUCGCUAUGACUCGUGUGACUGUAUAACCGAUGAUAGUGUAGGGCCUGGUCUUACCACAUACAGAAAAAUUGCUAUAAAUAUAACUUCCUUGGCAGUACUUACUCGUGAUCUGACGUUUUCUCAGACACACGUUGGACAACCAGUACCAUUUGGAGAGUCUGGAGACUGUUACAGCAUGGCUCUAUGCCCUCAAGGACGCUUUUCUCUGAGUCUCCUUGGCACAGGUUUCAUUGUAUCCCCACUUACUAAAUGGAUAACAUAUGGAAGUUUUCCAUCCAGUAGAAUAAGAUGGCUUGAGGGUGGUCAGGUAAUUCAAGGAAAGUGUGGAGGGUAUUGUGGUAGAUGUGCUCCUGACAGUCAUUCGGGUUUGUUGCUGGAAGUUGCUCCCCCAUGAUUAUAAGUUCGCUAAGUUCUUAUUUAUACGGGCCAAGCAAAUACACGGAAUUUGCCAAAGAGUUGUAUGCUAUGCCUGUGUUCCAUUAUUUUCUCGUGUAUAUUACUUAUUUUGUGGCGCAUCUGAGUUCAGAGGGAUAGUAAACAACCUAUAGGCUACUGCAGGCAGCAGCCUGUCUAGCCCACCAAAACACUGCCAUUACAUCCCGUGAAUCACUGUGAUCUGAUGAUUGGACUAAUAUUGUUAUUGUAUAUUUCUGCAAUGGCACUGAUAAGGUCAACGCUGUUGGACUAGCUAAAGUGCAGGUGUGAUGGAGAGUGAGUGACACGGGAAUUAAGUAAAAUUUAUAAUUCCUACGUGUUGCCUGCCUAAGUCUGCUAAAACUAAGUGGCAGAGAAUACAUUAUUAAUUUAGUGUAAUAAAACAAAAUGAGGCUCUAUCUUCAUUACAUGUGGUAGCAGUUUCUGAUGCAAUAGAAAAUGAUUAACUUAAAAAGCGUUCAUGAUGAGUAAUAACAAGAGCAAUAUCAGCAGUACUUAAAAAUGCGAAGUACGAAAAAUAAAGGAAUACGCUAAUAAAUGUUUUCUUUUUACGUUAAAGAUUUGCUUAUGUACUAGGUCAUGAUUGCAUAAAAUAAUGUAAUUGAAUUUUAAUCACAUUUUAAUAAUUAAAUGAAAUAAUUCACAGAUUUUUAAUACUGUUUGAAUUUUGUUUACUCUAUAUUUGAAUUUUAAUUUUCCCGUUUGUUUAUCUAUCAUAUUAUCAUAUUAUUAUGUCAUAAUUUAUAAUUCAUCUUAGCAUCUCAGAAUUCGUAAACUGUCUUUAAAGUUUUGAAAAAAAAAAUGUUACUGCAAUAAACGUGGAUAUCAUCAUUAAUUGGAAACAGUUCUCAGGGUUCCAUAUGCUUCAUUUUAUCUGUAAUGUGGUAUUGUAGUAAUUAAAUCCUAGUCUGUGUAAUUUCAUGAAACUGUUUGUUAGCUACAUCCGAUUUUGAAAAAUAAUGCUAUUUGAAAGCAAACAUUGUAUUUCUCCUUUAAAGCAUGGUAAGAUGUUUAGUUUAGGAAAGCAUUAAUGCAAUUUUUUAUUUACUUAAGUUGUUUUCAGUUUAAAAUAAAUCUUUGAUAUUAAAUCUUUGUGAGAUUAAUAGAUCAAGUGACAGCGUAUUAAAAAUAUUAAAAGAAAUAAUACUAGAGAUAGAUAUCUUGCCCCAAAAUAUCGCUUUUGUAGUGCUAUUUAUAAAAAUUAUUAAGUAGACUUUCAGCAGGCAUUCUCUUAUUUUUGUGAGUUAUAUUCAUACAAAUCAUCUCAAAAUCAUUUUAACAUUUGAAAACAUUGAUGAACGCAAACUGAAAUUACAUCCUCAAUUUUUAAUAAAUAUUUUAGACAUUAUUUAGUAACAUUAAUUUCGGGUUUAGUUAUCGAGCAUUAUGUUCUUGGUAUUUUGUGGUUGUUAAGAGUUUUGGUUGUGAUUUCUUUAGUCGCUUGAAACAUCCACAAAACAAAAUAAAAUUACUCAUUUCAAACACCGGUAAAAUAUUUAAGUACUACUGAAGAUUAGUCUCGUAUCUUUCUUCUUACUUUUUGAUAUGUAUUCUCUGAAGAGAAGCUGUUAGUGCUCUGAAACCAUAAAACUUAUUUCACUUUUCAACUAUUCAGAGCACAGGUUUAUUGCAGUUCAGUCUGUUUAUUAAGCUCAUCUUACUGUACUUCAUAGUCACAUCUAAAAGAACAUUUCAGAGACUCUUUUUUUUAUAAAUGCAUUAAACGUUUUUUUAUUUAUGACAAAAUGUAUAUGCCUACUGUGUUCAAUAAAUAAUUUUCUUAA